AGACAGGUGGCACUUGUUGCACAAUUCUACCAGUAACAUGCUAAACUUGAAACAGAGAGUUUGAUAAGAAUGACAUGCAUUCAGCAGGGAUAAAUUUUGUCAGAUAGGGUUUAAAUAAUUUUCACAAAUUAUUUGUUUUUGAACAAUCUUAACUUCUGCAAAUAUGGAAAAUAGCACGAAAGAUUUAACGGAACAACUUAACGAUGAAUUUACACGUGCUGUGUUGCCAGUCACUAUUAUUGUUGGAAUUGAAGUUGUUUUUGGAUUUUUUGGAAAUCUGCUCGUGAUUUAUGUGUUCUUGUUUUAUUAUCGAGUUUGCACCUUCCGGUACUUUGUCCUUUGUCUGGCAUUCAUUGACAUAACAUGCUGUAUGACAACAAUGCCAGGAGAGAUGGUUACACAGCUGUAUUGGUACAUGUAUCCCGUGCGAGAACUGUGUAAAACAAAGUCUUUCUUCAACGUUUUUACGGUUACUGCCGAGGCUUUAUGUUUAGUGACAAUAGCAUUUGAUCGGUAUAGGAAAGUGUGUCGACCUUUCGGAUGGCAACUGAAGCCUCGAGUGGCCAAAUAUUUGUGUGGAGUCUAUUGCAUCAUUGCAUUAUUUGUUGCCCUUCCGACUCCAUUUUUAUGGGGACUGCGGUCAGCAAGAAAAAUAUAUGAAAAUGAAUCUAUAAGUGUAACACUUUGCGAAAAGGAUCAAACUUUCGAGAAAACUGACUAUCCAAUAGGUUAUAUUUCAACAGUGGCUGCCGCCAUUAUGAUUUUACUGAUCCUGAUGUUUAUACAGUACGUGUUCGUUGCCAUGAAACUUCUUAAAGAACGACGACACCGAAUGGGAUCAGGAAAGUCUAUGGUCAAUAAUACUCCCAAUAUGUGUUCCCCAGCACACAGUACAAAUGAAAAUCCCGAUACGAGUCAAAACAGUAAUGACAAUGUUUCAGGAUGCGACAACGAAGUAGAAAGGGACUUUUCGACCAAUGAGGACUCGGAUAAACCUAGAGACAAAUCAGAAAUAAAGAUUACUGAUCUUCAUAACAACAGAAAUACACGUGAAAAACGUGCCUUCAAGCGGAAUGUUCCCAAAAGGGUCAGAAGGAAAACACUUAUUAUGUUCAUUUUAACUGUCACUUUUAUCAUCACAACAAUAACGUAUUUUGUGUUGGUCACACUUAUCGCAAGUUCUAAAGAUAUUCUUCAGUACUUGACCGAUGGUCAGAAAACAGUUUACUUUCUUUUCUUGCGUUUCUAUUUUAUCAACCAUGUUAUCAACCCAGUAGUGUAUGGGCUGCUAGAUCCCCAGUUUAAAGGUGUGAUGGGGAGGUUUAAAAGCUUCAUCACAAAUAAAUCUGUUUUUCCUUGUCAACAUGGUAGGCGAGCAUAACUGUUUGCAUGAGUAUACUAUAACAUUACAAUUAUAAAAACGAAUUGUUUAUGGCAAGCCAAUUGUCCAAUAAUUACGUGUACCCCUGUUCACGGUUGAAAAACU